AUGGACCCGACCGGUCGUCUGGGCAACAAGCUGUGUCAGUACUCGUCGUUCUGGGCGCUGCAGCGCCGCGAAUGGCUGCAGCUGCCGGUGUUGCCAGAGGCCUGCGCCCGCCAGCAGGAGAACUUCUUGAGCAUCAGCUACUUCCACUACGGCGAGAGCGGCACGGGACUGUCGGACGGGCCCCUCCUCCUGCUCGACCACCCGUGCUCGUUGACCGAAUUCCACCCGUACCGGCGCGAGCUGCUGCAGCAGCUGCGCUGGCGGCCCGAGGUGCGGUCCAUGUACAACGGCAGCCUAGUGGGCGAUGUGUACCUCCGUCGUGCGCUCGAGCUGUGUCGGCAACGCUACCACCGGCCCGUGUUCGUCGUGUCGAGCGACGACCUGGCCUGGUGCGGCCGUCAUCUGGCAGCUGCCGACGUGGUGUUGGCCGGCUCGACGGGCGCCGGCGCGGCUGGCCGCGACAUGGCGCUGCUCGCCCAGUGCAACCACACGGUCAUGACGCACGGCACGUACGGCUUCUUCGCUGCCUUUUUGGCCGGCGGCGACGUGGUGGUACCGGUGGGCUUCGGUACCAUGGAGGACUACCUCACCAGUAUGAUGCGAAGUACCGGUUUUAACCUCACCACCGUGCCAGUCGAGUGA